AUGAUCAGACCUGUGAGUGACCAAACUGAUCUGUGCAGGUACCCCAUCCAGGAGCCCAGGGAGCGUUGCUAUGGAGACAAGGAAAACUUUCCUGGAGUCCGGACUUAUGGGAUCCGAGAAUUGAACGAGACCUACGAUGUCUACUGCUAUGCCCAGAAGAUGGAGGGUCAUGUGUUCUACUCCACGUCUCUGGAGAAGUUUUCAUUUUCUGAAGCUGCAGAUCAGUGUUUGAAGCUUGGAGGGCGCCUUGCCUCCACAGGUGAGCUGUACCUGGCCUGGGGGCAGGGCAUGGAUGUGUGCAGUGCUGGUUGGCUGAAGGAUGGCAGCGUGAGGUACCCCAUAAACAGGCCCCGCCCUCAGUGUGGGGGGGGGCUGCUUGGGGUGCGCACCGUGUAUCUGCACCAGAACCAGACCGGCUUCCCCAAAGCGGACUCCCGCUAUGAUGCCAUCUGCUUCAGAGAGGGAGAAGCACCAGCCAAGCCCUUCCCUGGGUUCACCCCUCCACCUAUAGGAGAGGAGGUAAAGGGCGGAGACGUCAUCACGCUAUCCCCCCUCGCUAUCCCGCCUCUGCACCACUCCUCCACAGGUGUGGUGUUCCAUUACCGUUCCUCCAAGGGGCGAUACGAGCUCACGUUUGAGGAGGCGGUGCAGACGUGUGUGGAUGUGGGCGGAGUCAUUGCAAGUCCUGAGCAGCUCCAAGCAGCGUUUGAAAACGGGCUCCACCAAUGUGACGCCGGCUGGCUGAGGGACCACACUGUCAGGUACCCGAUUGUGUCACCCCGAGACAGUUGUGCAGGAGACCUUCUGAAUGUGCCUGGAGUGAGAUCGUACGGACUGAAACCUGCCUUUGACAAAUACGAUGUGUACUGUUAUGUCGACCACCUCGAAGGGGAGGUGUUUUUCUCCAGUGACUAUGAUAGCUUCUCUCUGGAUGAGGCGCAGCAACACUGUGAACAGCUCAACGCGUCUCUGGCAUCUCCAGGGCAACUGUACGCGGCAUGGAGGGCCGGGUUUGAUAAGUGUAAGCCGGGCUGGCUGCAGGACGGGUCAGUGCGUUACCCAGUCAGCCGGCCACGCCCCCAGUGUGGCCAAGGAACCACUGGAGUCCACAUCAUCCAUGCCUUCCCCAACCAAACCGGCUUUCCUGACGUACACUCACGUUACGACGCCUACUGCCACAGAGCGGUGAAUGUGACCAAAACGACCACAGUUGCAACCCCUGGAGUUGUCUUCAUGACUUCUGCCCCGACAGAAUUUACUCCCACUGGACUCCAUGUAGUUUCUGGUGAUAAGGAGGAGUCCAAAGUUACUGUGACGAUGCUGCCAAUGACAGAGGAGCCGGGCAUUUCUGGGACGACACAGGAGCUGGGCAUUUCUGUGACGAUGCUGCCGGUGACAGAGGAGGUGAUCCACAUGGCCACAGUCCCAGAGCAGCACGUCGCUCCAACAGUAUUUCCUUCAGUUAAACCUGAUCUGGAGACCUCCUCUUCAGGCUUCGCUUCAGGAGAGAUCUCCGGGACCAGCACAGAGGAAUCUGCUGAAAUUUCAGGGUCCGGUCUGGUCUCAGGUUCUGGGUCUGGUCUGGUCUCUGGUCUGGGUUCAGGUCUGGGUUCAGGUCUGGGUUCAGGUCUGGGUUCAGGUCUGGACUCUGGUCUGGACUCUGGUCUGGACUCUGUCUCAGGUUCUGCAGAAGGUUCUGGUGUGGUCUUCGUCUCCGGGGACAGUGAAAGUGACCAGUCCAGAGACAUAGAAAAGCAGGAGGCCACAGGAGAAACUGCAGUCUCUGGAUCAGGACUGGGAUCUGGUGAGGAGUCUGGUUUCAGUCCAGCCUCGGGACUUGCCUCUGGUCUUGGGUCUGGUCUUGGAUCUGGAGUCAGUGGAGACCUGAGUGGUUCUGGUGUGGUACUGGUGGAUGAGCUUUUCGAGCAGAUUGGAGAGAGUGCCUCAGGAGAGGAGCUGGGCCGAGGAGGCGUGGUCUACAGCGGCUCUGGGUCCUGGAAGGUCUCUGGCUUGGCCUCUGGAUCUGGAUCAGGAUCUGAACUCUCUGAGGUGCUGCUGGUGGACGGUACCCUCGUAGACCAAACCGUGAUCCAGACUUCUGGACAGGAACUCUCAGGAUCUCAGCCUCUGGGAUCGGGAUUUAGUGGGAUCUCCAGCUCUGCCUCAUCAGGUGGAUCAGUGUCCUGGGAAAGCGGGCGCCCAUGGGUGCACCUCCGAGGAGAUGUGGUUUAUGUGACAGAGGCCAAGACCCGGACUGUAGAGGAAGAGGGGCGGGGCGAGGUCCAUUUCAGCGGAGAACACGCCUCUGCAUCUGAGGUGCUCCGCACCGACCAAUCGCAAUCUGUGACGCCAGCGGAGGCGUACACCAGCCCCACCACUGCUCCCUCAGUGUCUCUGCUGCCCCCAGUCGCAGUGGAAGAGCCUGCAGUGGUCACAGAGGAUGGCUGCGCUCAGGGCUGGCUCUUCUUCAUGGGGAACUGUUACCUUCACGUCAGCGACAGACUCACCUGGACGGAGGCGGAGCAACUGUGUGUCCAGGUCAACGCCCACCUGUCCAGUGUCCAAUCAGAGGAAGAGCAGCUCUUCCUCAAUUCGAAUGGUCAAGAUUAUCAAUGGAUUGGACUUAAUGACAAAGACAUCCAGGGCGAGUUUGGCUGGACAGAUGGUGCUCCUCUGAGCUUCCUGAACUGGAGGCCUAAUCAGCCAGAUAAUUACUUUGGCGCUGGAGAGGACUGUGUGGUGAUGAUUUGGCAUGAAGGAGGACAAUGGAACGAUGUGCCCUGUAACUACCAACUGCCCUUCACCUGCAAGAGCUCCCCAGUUUCCUGUGGCUCUCCUCCUGUAGUGUCAAAUGCCCUUCCUCUAGGGGGCAGUAGAGAGCGCUAUGUGGCGGGUUCGGUUGUGAGAUACCAGUGUGAGCCAGGCUUCACGCAGCGCCACUUGCCUGUCAUACGCUGUAAGGACAACGGCCAGUGGGAGGAGCCUCGGGUGGAGUGCACAACAGGAGACAGUAAUCGCCUUCAUAAACGAUCCACAAGAAGGAGAACUUCACAGGAACAAGACCAGCUCUGAACCGGACUGAACCUGGUCUGAACCCCUAAAUACCUGCCCCUGCCCUCGGGA